UUUCUCUUUUGUCCUUCGUCUUCUAUCUUUUCAAAAGACAGCUCUCCGUUCUAAAGGGGAGUGUGGGCAUUCAAGGCCAUCACUCCAAAAUGAAUGUGAUUUUCAAUUAAAAAGAGAAGCUUGGGAGUUUAGUGAUGAUAACAGCAAUGGGAAACUGAACUGUUAAGGACCAAAGAGAGAUUUCCAGCUUUUCACAGCAGCAAUUAGCAGUUCGCACUUACCCAGCUUCAGGAUGCCUCUUUUGAGAGACCCUCGGAAAAAAGCUGAUGACAUCAAUGCUGUUUAUGAGCUGAAAGAGAAAUUGGGAGAGGGCUCCUUCUCUGAGGUUCGAGUGGCUGAGCACAGAUGCACCCAGAAGCUUGUAGCUGUCAAAUGCAUCCACAAAAGGGUGCUAAAGGGUAAAGAAUCCAUGCUGGAGAAUGAGAUCGCAGUGUUACGCAGAGUAAACCAUGAAAAUAUUGUUUCUUUGGAGGAAACCUUUGAGACCCCUACAAAACUGUAUUUGGUAAUGACACUGUUGACUGGUGGAGAGCUACUGGACAGAAUUCUGGAGAGAGGCAGUUACACAGAGAAAGAUGCAAGUCGGGUCAUUUAUCAGGUGCUGCAGGCGGUGAAGUACCUCCAUCACCUGGGCAUCGUCCAUCGGGAUCUAAAGCCAGAGAACUUACUGUAUGAGACUCCUUUAGAAGACUCCAAGAUUGUCAUCAGUGACUUUGGUCUGUCUAAAAUGGAAGAGCAGGGAGCCCUGUCCACCGCUUGUGGAACACCGGCAUAUGUUGCCCCUGAACUUCUUCAGCAGAAAACAUAUGGUAAAGGGGUGGAUCUCUGGGCCGUUGGAGUGAUCACGUUCAUUCUACUUUGUGGUUAUCCGCCAUUCUAUGAUGAUAACGACACACAACUCUACAAGCUGAUCAUAAAGGCUGAAUAUGAAUUUGAUUCACCAUACUGGGAUGAUAUCUCAGAUUCAGUGAAAGACUUCAUAGUUCACUUACUGCAGAAGGAUCCGGAGAAGAGGUUCAAUUGUGACCAGGCCUUGCAGCAUCCUUGGAUAUCAGGGGGUGCGGCUCUGGACAAGAACAUCCAUGGCUCAGUGUCAGCACAGAUUCAGAAGAACUUUGCCAAGAGUCAGUGGAAGAGAGCAUUUAACGCCACGAUCAUCGUACGCCGUUUAACGAAGAAAACACACUUUGGGGAGGACGAUGAAGGGGAUAACUCCACAAGUACAGGGACCAUAUGAUGAUCCACUAGCAGUUAACCCAGCCUCUUUUAACACGUCGACAAGUCUGACAGCAUGUGUGUCAAUGGUCACUAUGUUUAAAAGGGUUGAUGUAGACGCUAUCUGCUGCUAUGUUUGAAAUGUAGAUGUGCUUUAUAUGAAACGGUAUCAGAAAUCACUUUGCCUUAGCUUCUGCUGCUACACAUCACUGGACAGCUGCUGUACAAAUAUUCUUCCUCCACAACUGUUGUUAAAAUAAGUGUUCUGGUGCCCAUGUACCUUACUUGUAUUCAGCUGUAAGUAGUCACUUCAAGGUGUAGUACCUUUACAAGGACACAUAUGACUCAUAGAAUGAGUAAUAAAUAGUUAGUUUGUUUUUUUCUUUUCUUUUUCUUUCUUUCUUUCUUUUUUUUUUUCUGCAGUACAUUGUGAAAUAAAUGAACCAGCCUGUCUUCUAUGCUGUGCUGUGGUUGGAUACAGCCAAAGGAAAAGAAUUGGUUUCUGAAUGGUCACAGUAAAUGUUUAAGAGUUUUUCCAAUGACUGAUUCUUAAACUAUUACUCCCCCAUCCUAAAUAUGAGGUUAAUGCCUUGUAAAGUACCAACAGUUUUUAUCGUUGCUAACCUUAAAAUGCUUUAUUAGUUCGACCUUGUCACAGUAAAUUUGGAAUUUUUGAGUAAACUAUGGUCGUUUCACUUUUUCCAUGUGUCUUGUAAUUAAUCAAACAUUAAAAAAUGAAAUAAUAAAAAAAAUAACCCAUGACAUUUCUUUUUGAGGAAAUGUGUUGUGAGCCAAGGCUGUGACAUUGAAAAUGUUUUGGGAUUGAUUGUUAUUUGGUUGAAAGCUAAAUUUAGGUAAAAUUGGAUUUUAUUCCCCUUUAUAUAACCCAUUGAAAUGUAAUAUGGAUGAAUGCGGACACUGUCUGAUAUUAUGAUAAAAAAAAAAAAAAACAUAUAAAAUGUCUUAUUUUAAUGUUUCUUUUGCAUUAUAUACUAAACGGUGUUGUUGUUUGAAUGAGCAGUUAUAUGUAGGCACUGUAGGUCUCUUUUUAACAGUUAAAGGGGCGGUCACACUACACUCCAUGUUCCAUUCACCCCCAUUCAAACACAUCUGAACGCAGAAGAGCAGAAACUCAUGCUCAUGCGAAGAAAUUUCGUACUACACUGCGUACCAAAGUUCAAACUUGGUGAACUCUGAACCGUGAAUUCGUCCGACGACAGGACGCGCGACCAAUAGGAAACUGAAACUUCACGCUGACCUCUUAUUCAUAUUUCAAAGCGGCGAGAUUUAUUGUUGCAGGAAAGUGAGUAAACAUUAUAUUUUAACACUUUUAAUAUAAUAUUAUUUGUUUUUUGUGAUGUAUUAUUUAAUUACAGCAGAAGUCCUCCCGCCUGACAUCAUAUCCUGGUCCGUUGCGUAGUACGAAAAAAAAUUGUGCGUGCUCAAAGCCUAGUGUGAACGCCCCUUUUAUGCAAGACGCAGAUUUCCAGACAUAACAAAUUUCUCCCUUACUGUAUUUAAUGGUCAUUAUUGAUAUAUACUCAUGCUAUAUAUAAUACUUAUUAAUAUUAUUUGAAUAGGUACACCACUAAUCUAAACUGAGGUCAUGCAUGCAUGCAAAAAAAUUAAAAAUAAUAAAAAAUAAAAAGCAGGCAUAGCAAACUCUAUUUCAUUAAAAAAAAAAAAAGUAACAUAUUUCAUGUUUUGUUUAAACCUGGAUUGAUCUCUAAACUUUCUCAACAUUUUCAGCACAAGUGAUGUAUACAGUACGGUCACAAAAUUGUUGGCCAGCGUCAGUGUAAUAUUAUUUGGCAAAGAGGCUCAAGCAUGACCUAAUUAUUGGACGAAUGGAAGGUAAUUAGUGAUUAAUGUUUUAUUGAUGUUUAAAAAGAUCAUCCACUCAGCAUGAUUUAUUAUACAGGUGAAACAGACAUAGAAAUAACACAAUCAAAUGUUAAGAAUAUGAAAGGAUCAACCUCGGCAUGCCAAACUGGUGAGUCCAAAGGGAGUACACAAUUAUGUUUGAUCACACUCCUUUCACGUCACGGUAAUUACAGUUUUGAAUUCUUAAUUUAGUUUUCAUUUCUAUUUUAUUUUCACUUUGUCAUUUCAAUUUAGUUUGAUUUUUGUUAGUCACUCUAUGAUUUAAUUUUUGUUAUUUUCCAGUAUUUUCUAGCUUUAGUUUGUCAGUAUAUUUAAUUUUUAUUUCAGAUGUAGUCAUAGUAUUUUUUCACUUUCAAAGUUAUGUUAACUGAUAUCAUUUAAAUAUGUUUAAUGCUGUUAAAUUACGUGUAUGCAAAGUCUAUCUUUUCAAUGACAGACUUAUCACCGUAGUGAUUUUCACAAAUGUUUUUGCCUAAAUAAUGAUG